UAUUAUUUUCUAUUUGGCUGGCUUAUGUUUGUCCUACAUAAUUACCUGUUCCUUUGCCGGCUUACCUGUGCCCUCACAUCGAAUCAAUAGUCCGUCCAAAUUUUCCCAGUUGGAGAAGGAAGGACGCGGUACUACUUAAGAAGUGAGUUGAUACAUUCCCUUAUCUUUACGUGCUAGCUUCCAGUUCUGCCAUUUGCCAAUUUCCAGUAGUGUGCUCCGGCAUCGGCGAUGGCCAAGAUCACAGGAACAGCCACAUGUGCUCUCUUCAUCUUCUUCUCCUUCGCUUGCUGCCUGCCUCCUCUUGCUGGAUCCUUGUCCUUCGACUACCCAACCUUCCGCUCGGAGGACCAGAAGGCCAUCAAGAUCGAAGGUAACGCUUCCUUCAGUGUCGGGCACAUCGACAUUAGCGGCAACAACUGGGACGUCCGUAAGAGCCAGGGGCGGGCGUCGUACAGUACCCAGCCAAUGUUGCUGUGGGAUGGGCACACAGGCGAGGUGGCUAGCUUCACCACCAGCUUCUCCUUCAUCAUCAACCCCAAGUCCAACAGCAGCAGGGGGGCUGGCAUGGCCUUCUUCCUUGCCAGCUACCCGUCGAGCUUACCGACUGGGUCUGCAGGUUACUACAACCUCGGUCUCACGAACCAAAAAGAUGGUGGUGUGGCGGCAGGCGACAACCGGUUCGUGGCGGUGGAAUUCGACACCUCCAAUGAGACCGAGGUAUCAGAUCCCACUGUGGACCACGUUGGCAUUGACAUCAACUCGUUAAAAUCGGUGAAAACAUUGCCCCUGCCAAACUUCAGCCUCACUGGAAACAUGACUGCCGCAAUCCAGUAUGACAACGUUUCAAGUAUCAUGUCUGUCACACUAUGGCUUGGUGAUGGUCAUGGCCAGAAUUACAGCCUUAGCUCCAAGGUUGAUCUCAAGAGUGCAUUGCCGGAGCUGGUUGCGGUUGGCUUCUCGGCGUCGACGGGCAAAUCCGUUGAGCUGCAUCAAUUGCUUUCUUGGCACUUCAACUCAUCGCUGGAGGGCAAGACGGCAACAGUAGUAGCACCGCCGGUACUACCACCACCCUCCUCGAGAACUUCCAGUUCCGGAGUCAUAGCAGGAGCCGUUGCUGGGGCAUCGCUGUUCCUCGUGGUGUUCUUCUCCAUGUCAGCCUUCUUGCUACGUCGCCGUCAGAACAAGAAGAAGAGGGAGGCAAAGGAGGAGGAUAUGGACUCGGAAGGCGAGGUGAUCAUGGAGAUAGAGUUCGGGACGGGGCCAAGGAGGUUCCCGUAUCGGCAACUCACCAACGCGACACGGAACUUUGCAGCGGAGGAGAAGCUCGGGCAAGGUGGCUUCGGUGCGGUGUACAGAGGCCACCUGAGAGAGCUUGGCCUCCCCGUGGCCAUAAAGCGAUUCUCCAAUGAGUCAUCCAUGCAAGGGAGAAAGGAGUACACGUCGGAGAUCAAUGUCAUCAGCCGGCUGCGCCACCGGAAUCUGGUGCAGCUUGUUGGCUGGUGCCACAACCACGAUGAGCUCCUGCUGGUUUACGAGCUCAUGCCCAACCGUAGCCUCGACAUCCAUCUCCACGGCAAGGGUACCUUCUUGACAUGGGCGAUGAGGAUGAAGAUAGUCCUCGAGCUUGGCUCUGCACUGCUCUACCUCCACGAGGAAUGGGAGCAAUGCGUGGUGCACCGGGACAUCAAGCCCAGCAACGUGAUGCUGGACGAGUCCUUCGGCGCCAAGCUGGGCGACUUCGGGCUCGCGAGGCUCAUCGACCACUCCGUCGGGAUGCAGACGAUGACCAUAGUUUCCGGUACGCCGGGCUACGUGGACCCCCAGUGCCUGAUUACAGGCCGCGCCAGCUCCGAGUCGGACGUGUACAGCUUUGGCGUGGUCCUGCUGGAGGUGGCGUGCGGGAAGAGGCCGAUAAGCACAUCCGCUAACAAGCAGGGCGUCUCCCGGCUGACCGAAUGGGUCUGGGACCUGUACGGCCAGGGAGCCGUUCUUGAGGCGGUCGACGAGCGGCUGAACGGCCACUACGACGAAGUGGAGGUGGAGCGUGUGAUGGUCGUGGGGCUCUGGUGCGCUCACCCGGACCCGAGCGCGCGGCCGUCCAUCAGAACGGCCAUGACCACGCUGGUGUCCAAGGAUGCCAAGCAGCUGCCCGUGCUGCCGGCCAAGAUGCCCGUGCCCACGUACGCGCCCCCGAUGGCACCGUGGGACGGGCAGUCGUCGUCUUCAGGGUUGUCGACGUCCACCGUGACGCGGUCGUCGACGACGAGCGGCUACACGGGGCCAGCGCCAAUGGUGACACCCAGGGCAUGAGUACCGGCAGGUCCAUGUCGAGAUCUCUUUGUGGCGGGUCUGAACAGAAAUGUCUCCGUUCUUCAGGGCUUCAUUGUGAUCGUGAACUGAAGUGUCCAGCAUGACCGAUGUGCUCGCAUCAAAUGCUCAUGAGCAUGACUUCUUGAGUUGUAGUAUCAUAUAAACGACGAUGUGUGUUUUACCUUUGGGAAACACUUCUCUACAGAAGUCUGAUGAGAAUCAUUCAACAGACUCGUCGGACAACGUCGAUUUGUAUUUGAUCUCACGGCUGAGAGAUGCCCGAAAAUCAAGCCUGAUAUUAACCACCCAAUUUUCUGGCCCAUGCCCUUUAUUCUCUCCCUUAAUUAACUCCCUAAACCUCCCUCCUGUCCAGCUGUGCACAUCGCUAAGCUCGCCAUGCCCGUCGCCGCUUCUCCUCUAUCACCCAGCACGAGUUUCUGACCCACACAUCUGCAGCCUCCGUUCCACCUCGUCGCUGCCCCAUCUUGCGGGCGGCUGCACGGGGACUGACCCACCACUUGCUCCUUGUCGUGCUUAAUUCCGCCAGGAUUGGAGCCUUUUCCACCUGCAGUUUUGGCCUCUGAGGCUCUGAUCCACCUCGUCUGAGAGCCGUCUCGGUUUGGACACGAGGCCAACUGGGAUAGGCUCUCACGCCAUGCAGGAGAUAGGAGGGUGGAUUACCGGGCGACAUUGCAUCUCAGCAUUGCAUGUACAAGUAGGCCACGAGGAUGAAGCACAUGUGAGUCCCGACUGAUGCACAAGUUUAAAAAUGGAUUGCGUGUAGCAUAUUUUGUAUUGUUCUUUUUCCAUUGGGAAUUUUCAUUAUUUUAAGCAUUGUAGAGUUCUUCUCAAUCGCUCGGAUUUGUUCAUCCAAUUUUGUUAACUCUAUCGCAUGAUUAUGUCUCGGAUUGCAGGGAGCACAGAAGAAGGUAGUAAGAUGCAACACGUCCACAAGGGCACGGUGCUAGUGACAAUCUUUGCAUUUAUGCUUGCAGAUCAUGUCACUGCCGUAGAUGGGCAGUGCUUCGUGAUCACCAUAGAAGCAAAUUUUCCGUUUAACCGAGAAAAAUAUUCUAGAUUGCGGAAACAUAUUCCCAUGUUUAAAUAUAUGUUUUCAACAAAUAUAUGUUCUCUAAUAUAUGAAAAAUAGUAAGCAAAAUAUAUAUCUUUGGAAGUAUGGCGUCUGCAUUGUGCCCAGGCGAUGCGAAACCUGGUCACAUGCAUGUAUUAUUUUUGUUGUAUAUAUGGAAGCAAAUUCUCAUU